AUGAGGACCUUUCACUACUCCACCUUUUGCAACGAGAACUCGCGGAAUACUCUUCCGACACCGUCUGAAAUUAGAGCAAUCAGCAAGAAGUCUGGCAAAUGUCAUAUAAGUUUCAAUUACCCAUCAUCUGUCAAGAUUCCAUCGUUCGGACUUCUUGUCAAGUACAGAGCCAAUGUAACUGUCAUUGAGGCUCAGACUCAAAUAAUGUUGCAUGAGUAUUUGAAGGAUCAAGUUCCCAUCCCUACGGUUUUUGCCUGGGCUGAAGAUGGGGGGCAGGUAUUUAUAUAUAUGUCAUUGAUUGAUAGUGAAACUCUGCAGGAGAGAUGGAGUGAUAUGAAUAAAAAUGAGAGGCAGGCUUUGGAGCAAGACAGCCAUAGCCCUUAUAUCAGGAGUCUGAGUAGGCCACCGCUGAACAAGAUCUUUCUUUCAAGCCAUCCAGAACUCACUGGGCCAUUUCAAGACACAAACGCUGUCCAGAAGUUUCAAGAUGCAUACAGAAUCAAAAUCAGUGAGGAAGUGCCCAUUAUAUUCACGCAUGAUGAUUUUGUACCCCCCAACAUCCUUUUGUCGCCGGGCCCAAACCCGGGGAUGGCAGCAAUCAUUGACUGGGGCCAGGCUGGAUGGUAUCCCGCCUACUGGGAGUAUUGUAAGGCGCGACGUCGCACAAAAUAUUUGCCAAUGAUUCUACAUCCAGUAGAUGAGGAGGCAAUCUAUCACCCUUGGCUUCAUUUUGUUCUGUCUAAAGGGAUAUAA